AUGUAUUCUAGUAUAUCAUACGACUAUCAUCUCUUUGACGUGAUAAGCCAAGUGAAAAAGUAUAAAUAUACGACCAAUAUGGCAAGUAUGUUGCUACUCAUAGUACUAAAAAUUGUAGUUGCGAUGGAUGAUGAAAAAAUAUUGGAAAUAUUCAACGAUGUCGAGGCUGCAACCGGGAAACUAAUUGAACAGACAGAUGCUAUUUUUCAUUCGGUUGAUUGUAUGAGAAGAUUAUCGCAGAGCGCCAAACAAGUUUUCAAAUGUACCCGGCCAGCCAAAUUUGAAUUUAGGAAAAAUCCUUGGGUAGUCCAGCAAAUACCCGAAACCAUUGACUAUUACUAUAACUCAUUGAAGUACCUCGAAGAUAAUCUCUCUCUGUUUCAAGCAUUUAUUGAAUUAUCGGGAAUGAACAGAGAAAUGACCAUUGAUACAUCGUACACCGAGAAAAUAAAGGAGCAUAUUGCAAAUAAACAAUCCAUAACCGAUUUUCUCAUGGAAAAAUACCACGAAAAGCAGGUUAACAACGUAUUUAUAGAGAAAUCGAGGUUAAUCACGAACAACAUAUCCAAAGCCAUGCUAUAUAUAAAGCAGCUGUAUUACUGCGUUGAAAAUGGAAAUAUUAUCGAUGUUUGUUUUAUUAAACGAGAAAUAUUUCGGCAUCAGUGCGAUGGCUGUAAAGAGUCGACAAAACACAACAGCAAGGGGAUGCCUGUGCAGUUGUGA